AUAACAAUUAGUCCUGUUCCGACUGUUUCGCCAACAACACGUGAACCGCCUGUUUGGCACCGGAAGCCUACCACCAGUGAGGACAAAGCGAUAAGCGCCACCUUCUAAUAGACCGCACGUGGCUUUCGUGGGAAUCCGUCGCUGAUUGGCCCCCGACGGGUUACGGAAAGAUGGCUAAUCGAGUGGUAAUGUCGUUAUUUGAUCAAGUCACGUGCAGCUUUGCAUUGGAGUAAUCUGCUUGUAUGGAAUGACACGUGCAAUCAUGUGAAAAUUAUUUCGACAUCAUCAGAGUGAAAUUAUCCACUAUCUAGUCAUCGAUUGUGAUAAGUUAAGGAAGCAAAAAAAUAGUCAUAGUGCUUGUGUAGUGCAUUAUUAAUUAAGUAAGCAAAAUGUUCUCAAUGGAUACGUUCGAUUUCGAGGCCGUUAUGAGUCGGCAUCUGUUUGAUGGCCCGGCUGUGCAAGCUCACUCACAACAUCAUCACCAUCAUCAUCACGGAUUACUGCAGACUGCAUAUGUAGAUUCUACGACUUCUAAUAGUUCUGACUAUUUUCUUGCUGAUGAUGAAAACACUACCGACAGCGAUUCGUUUUGCGGAUUCAAUAGCGAUCAAGAAAAUAACGACGAAAUCAAAGAAAUUUACUCCACUCGAUCGUCGAAAUACCGUCGCCCGAAAUGUGCCUCCCAGCAGGCUCAACAGCGACAAGCAGCGAACCUCCGGGAGCGACGCCGAAUGCAAAGCAUCAACGAAGCAUUCGAGGGCCUACGGACACACAUCCCAACCCUUCCAUACGAGAAGCGCCUCAGCAAAGUGGACACCCUGAAGCUCGCCAUCAGCUACAUCUCCUUUCUGGCGGAGAUGCUGCGAAAGGAUAAAAACGGCAACGAACCGGGCACAGUGAAACGGCCACCGGUGAAAGAACCUCCGAAAAAGUUCAUCGUACGAGGUGGCAGCGGCCAGGUUCACUCGCUUUCGUGGCAUCGGAAAGGUGAUCGCCACGCUAAUGGUCGCUAUUUCGCACGGAUCUGGCGGCCGGAGGAUCCUCGAAGCAAUCAACGGAACAUCGCAGCUGGCCCAUCGUCAUACUCCAAUGGGUUGGUUUAGGAGGGGCAGGUCGUCACCCCAAA